GGACCAUGGUGGUAUCGCUGGAGGACUUUGAGGGCCGACUGAACCAGGCGCUGGAGAGGAACGCCUUCCUCGAGUCUGAGCUGGAUGAGAAGGAGACGUUGAGAGAGAUGGUGCAGCGGCUUAAAGACGAGUCCAGAGAUCUCCGCCAAGAGCUGGUGAUCCGCGAGCGUCACGAAGCUGACGACCAGGAGCCCGACAACGAGCGGUCAGCAGUGGACAGCAACAAGCGGCUGGAGGACGGACCGGACGGCGGGGUGCGGCCGGUGGCGCCGCCUGUGGCGCCCACAGCCACACCGGCCGCCCUCACUGCCAACACCACUGCUAAAGUGCCACCGGCAGUGGGCGAGCAGCCGGCCACCAACGGUCACGUGGUCGCUCCCUUGGACGGCGGUCCCAUGACGCCUUCGUCACGGAUUUCGGCGCUCAACAUUGUCGGCGACCUCCUGCGUAAAGUCGGGGCGCUCGAGUCCAAGCUGGCCUCGUGCAAGUCGUACGUCAAGGACAACCCGCGGCCGCACGCGGGGCACGGACAGCAGGUCGGCCGUGACCUUCACAGGGUUAAACCCAGGAAGGUGGUCACCAAAAUUCCGACCCAGGUUCAGCGUUAAACGCAGGUCUCUGUCAGCUGGCAUCGCUAUCUGUCCGGAUACAAGCCGCCGCUGCCAUGGCAACCACGCCCCGCGUCGCUCACCGCUGCGUCGCCAUGUCAACCGCUGCGUCACCGCCUGUCACCGUAACAGGUUACGGUUGCCAUGGUUACCUCUGUUCACCGCAGACGCCGUAUGUGUUGCCAUGACUACCACCGCUGUAGUAUGUGCUCGCCUCAUAGUUGACAAACUCUACCUUCGAUAGUGCCUGUGAUUCUCGCUUUAGAAGUACGCUCUUUCAGUUCAUUGCUUGGACGAUCACAGCACCUUUAUUCGUACCAGUGAGUGUGUGUUUCAAAUGCGUGACACGCGGCUAGUGCAGUGCUUCUCGCUGGGAAAGCCAUCUUGGCUUAUCAGCUGCGAGGAAAGUCUAUGACGGAGUGUCAGCAAGAAUGGUGAAGAGAAUCUCUGAAAAGUGCUCCGGUCGGGGCUAAGUGCUGGACCCACUUGUGUGCUGGGUGGUGCGGAUGAUAGUUGAAAUGGUUUAGAGUGUGCUGGGAUUGACAGGAGGGUUUUCUCUAGUGGUCGGUGUUGGCAGUGAUGACAGCGAUGGCAGUGGCAGUGGUGACAGUGGCAGUGGCAGCGAUGGCAGCGGCAGAUGCGGUGACAAUGGUUUAGGUUAUUAAAAUUGAAAGAGUGGGGAGUUAGAGUGUUAGAGUGGACGGCAACGCGAUGAAGAGUUGCAAUGAAAGUGUUACAUGUAGUUGAGUGACUGAGUGUUAAACUAAAUGUGAGAUAGUGUAAGAGUGUGAGAGGCAGAAGUAAGGUGUUGAGUUGUGGGUGAAAGAGAGUGAACGAGUGAGUAUGUAAGUGAUUGCGUGCGUGAAUGAAUAAAUGAAUGAAUGGGUGAAUGAGUGAGUGAGUGAGCGAAAGGUUGAGAGAAAGUAGGAGAUGGAGAGAGACGCUCCAGUCACUUGCUCUUUGUUCGUCCUUCAUUUUGUGCUUACGUGCUCGCCGAACGCGUUUAAAACAUCUUGAACAUGUGUUCUCGCUCUGCUCGCGGGAGACGUGUGGUGAUUACGCUGCGGCCCGGGCUAUCGGAGUGAGCCCAUUGGCGUUGUUGUUUGGUAAGGUCCGAAAUAUCUGAAGUUAUUUUCCCGUUGUGCAGAAUUACUUUGCGAGUGAUGUCUGUUUUUGUGUUGGCGGUCGUCCGGUAACUUCUUCCUGAAUCUGUCAGAGAAAAUAUUAUAUUUCCAGUCUUAA